GGCUAAUUGGCACUCUAAAAUGCAUGCACCAUCAAGACCUGCAUAAUAUAGAAAUUUAGCUAUUUUUCUUUCGGUUUAUUUCUUCAAGUAAUAUUUUGUUUCUGUGAAUAUGGCUACUGGGCAAGCACCAGGCAACCCCAUUCCAGCAAUGAGAAAAUACCCGCCGGUGGAGCAUCCAGUGGUGGUAAUAGGGCCACAGUACCUGGCACAGUACCCUGUUGAACUCGCCGUCAACAGUGAUUUUAAGGUGUCUGACAUUAAUAGCACCCUCAUCUUCCAGGUCAAGAUUAAACUAUUAAGCCUUAAUCGUCGUUUUCUGAAAGAUGCAGCCGGAAACACCGUUGUCAAUCUCAGGAAGAAGGCAAGGACCAUGCAUGGGAGGUGGGAGGCUUUUAGAGGAGAAGGCAAGGAGAAGCAGGAUUUGCUUUUCACAGCCAAGAAAUCAAAGCUGUUCCAAUCCGAGAGUGAGUUAGACGUAUUCUUGGGUAAUAACGAAGGAGAGGUCCCUGAUUUCAAGGUCAAAGAAGGCGACAGCAAGAGUUCCUGCUCUAUACUUCUUGGAGAUUCCAAUACCAUGCUUGCACGGGUGCAUGGAAGACACACUCUCGCGAUUAUGCCUAAUGUUGAUUAUGCCUUCAUAGUGGCUCUUGCGGUGAUAAUUCUCCACGGGAUCAAUGCGAAUGAUCAUGGGGACGAGGCCAUUAACGUCAUUAACGGCAUUAACGGCAACCCCAUUCCAGCUGUGAGAACAUACCCGCCGGUGGAGCAUCCAGUGGUGGUAAUAGGGCCACAGUACCUGGCACAGUACCCUGUUGAGCUCGCCGUCAACAGUGAUUUUAAGGUGUCUGACAUUAAUGGCACCCUCAUCUUCCAGGUCAAGAGUAAAAUAUUAAGCCUCCAUGAUCGUCGUUUUCUGAAAGAUGCAGCCGGAAACACCCUUGUCAAUCUCAGGAAGAAGGCAAGGACCAUGCAUGGGAGGUGGGAGGCUUUUAGAGGAGAAGGCAAGGAGAAGCAGGAUUUGCUUUUCACAGCCAAGAAAUCAAAGCUGUUCCAAUCCGAGAGUGAGUUAGACGUAUUCUUGGGUAAUAACGAAGGAGAGGUCCCUGAUUUCAAGGUCAAAGAAAGGUACAGCCAGAGUUCCUGCUCUAUACUUCUUGGAGAUUCCAAUACCAUGCUUGCACAGGUGCAUGGAAGACACACUCUCGCGAUUAUGCCUAAUGUUGAUUAUGCCUUCAUAAUGGCUCUUAUGGCGGUGAUUCGCGACCACAUCAAUGCGAAUGAUCAUGGGGACACGGCCCUUAACGUCCUUAACGGCAUUAACGGUGUUCUCGAAGGAUUUGCUUCAUCGGGGUAAAAAACACAGUCCAUCGGUAAAAAUCACCGACAUAAACUGUUUGUUGACAUUUAGAUCACUAGUAAUUUUUUUUUUUGUUGUUAAUUCUAUCGAUAAAAAAAAUAAACACCCACAGUGGUAUAGACAGAAAAAACAUGCUAGAAAAAAAAUCCACUAAAAAUAUACAAACGGAAUACUAGACUCUUUAUUUCCAGUGGCAACUCAAAACCGAAAAAGUUUCAUCGAUGAAUGUAGCAUAAACAGUCAAUAUUUUGUAAUUCUUUGUAAAAUACUAAUGGUCUUUGGCCGUUGGUGUAAAUGUUGAUGAUAGUAGCAUAUGCAGUAAAUAUUUUUCAA